GGAGAGAGCGGUGAUGACGGCCGAGAGGCGACCGGCUGGAGAUUGGACCGGGUGCGAGCUAACCAACAGCUAGUCCCAUCUCUUGUUGCGCCCAACACUCUACACAUCACUCAUUCGUUCUCGACGCUAUGAGCGACUCUCUCGCCGCGGACAGCACCGCGCCUGGCGCUCUGUCGGCAGCAGCAGACAUCACACACGACUCUCACUCCGAUCCCACCUCAUUCACUUCCUCCCCCACAUCAGAAGACCCCCCAAUGGUGCACCGGUCCAAGACAGCCCCGCCACCUCGAGCCGAGAGUAGCGGCAGUGAAGAUGAGGAGCUAGAGAUGGACACGUCAGCCGUCUCCGAGCCCGAGUCCAUCGAUACUGACACGCCAACGGGCAUCCUCUCCCCUCCUUCCUCCGUCCUACGACGCUCCCGAUCUAGCAUCGACGCGACUAAUGGACAUCGAGUCACCAAGCAUCUGCGCUUUACUGCAGUCGGCGGCGAAUCGCCUUCCGUCCCUGUUCCCGAGGGCAAAGUUGUCUACCCCGGCGGGGCGCGGCGCCGCAAACGCAAUGUCCCUCGUGAUCAGGAAUGGCUUCUGAGCGGGCCUCCCACACCAAACCUCUCCGAGACUGCCGAUCAGAUCCGGCGCACAAUCUCGCUUGCUUCCCUAGAUCACCUUCUCCUACUUCGCAAUGACCAGGAGGAGCGCGCUCGUGUCGUCUCCGAGAUUUCGCGCGCAGGCCGAGAGCUCGUAUGGCGUAGCAAGGAUGAGAAGCGGCUGUAUCCAGACGAUGCCGAGCGCAGCCUCAUUCUAGCUCUCAAGCGCGGCCUUCGUUCCUUCAUUCUCGCGUUCAGCGUUCGAGCUGGUGUAAACGUGCUGAUCGUCCUCUUCCGUGUGCUCAAGGCCGGAAAGCGCGGCAAGGGUCGAGUGACCAUGACGACGCUCCGAAAGGCCAUCUUCGGAGAGGAACCGAUGAGAUUUGGUGCGAUGAUUGGGACGUUCACCUUCCUCAAUUGUCUCACUCUCCAUCUUCUGCGACUUGCGCCCCCACUCUCCUACAUCAAACGCAGACUGCGACACGGGCUCUCGCAACCUACGUUCGGCCCACCUCAACGUGAAGGCAAUGAGGGCGAACGGCGCUGGCAAGCUGCUGCAGCUGGUGCGGUAGGAAGCUUGGGCCUGCUGUGGGAGACGGCUGGCCGGCGGACCGGCAUUGCACAACAGAUGUUCGUGCGUGGACUGCAGGGGACAUACAAUCAGUAUGCACCGCGCAUGGGCAUUUCGAUUCCCCACGGAGACAUCCUCCUCUUCGGUCUGUGCUGCGGCCAGAUUAUGUACGCCUUCCUUCUUGCCCCCGAAACUCUCGCCCGCGAAUACUACAACUGGAUCCAAAGCGCCUCCGGCGUACCAAAGUACGCGGUGGCGUCAAACCGCACCGCCGUUCGCCACAACCUCAUCGCUCCGGCCCAGCUUCAGAAAGCGCUGCGAGAGCCACGAGGCGUGACCCCUCGUCAUGCGCGCACUCUCCGUGCGAUGCUGGAGCACCAGGCCAAGGGUGGCAGGCCUGACUGGCAUAUUCCGUGCGCUGUGCUGCAUCCUUGGAUGGAUUCGUGCAUUAUGUGCGAUGUCCAACGCUUCUUCCAGGUCUUCCGCUUUAUGCUUCCUGUCUACGGCGCACUACAUCUCAUCCCUCCCCUAGUUCUCCGUCGUCACCACUUCAAGAAUGAUCCCCUGCGCAUGCUCGCGAAGAUCAUCUUUGGCAUAGUGCGCAGCUGCUCGUUCCUCGGGUUCUUCGUUGUCAUCAACCAAGCGCUGUUUUGCAUGCGCUCGCGUACCCUUGACAUGCCCAACAUUCCCAAUCUGCUCCGCCGCAUUCUUAACCGGAAGGAGAACCUGUGGGUCAUGGGCUUCCUCAACGCCGCCUCACUGUUCGCCGAGGAGAAGCGCCGCCGCGCUGAGUUGGCCAUGUACGUUCUUCCUAAGGCGCUUGAGUCGGCGUGGUCGGCCGCGCGACGCCGAGCGUAUGUGCCCCUCGUGCCCUUCGGCGAAACAAUUCUUGGUGCCGCUGCCAUGGCCAUGGUUAUGGACGCCUAUAAGCACUCGCCGGAUUCCCUUUCGGGCAUCGUGCGCAAGCUUAUGUUCCAGCUGGUUGGACCUGUGUAGAGAUGAGUGUGCCGAUUCUUGCCCCACGGAGAGCCCGUUGUAUCCCUAAUUUGCACCGUGUGCCAACUCGCUGCCUUUCCUCCAUCACAGAUGAUGCGAUAUAUAUUCAGCGACCUCCUGAGCCAGUGGCACCUUGCAUGAGCGCUCAGAUAUGUGAGCAGUGAGCACUUGGUGGAUGAGAAACUCU